GUGGCGGAUUGUUGGGGCAAAACUUUCUCUAGGGAGCCGAGACUCAUCUUUAUUAAGUUUUAUUUAUGGAAAAGAAAGAAAAACAAAACAGAAAACAAAACAAAACGCUGCACUAUGAAUCUGGCGUUGUAGCUGCUGCUUGUGGUUAGUUAAAGAGAAAAGAUUUGCAUUGAAUUUGACUCCGUAAAUGUGUGCAUGAAAAUGAUUUGACGGCGGAUAAACCGCGAGCUCCUUCCUCUUCCUCCUUUCCUCUUCCUUCCUUCCUUCCGGAGCCGUGAACACUUUUACAGCAAGGAGCUCAGCACCGCUGCUUCUUCAGGCAAAAGAAAACAGAGGAAGUUGCAGAACGGUGUGAGAAAGUUAUGGCACCAGGAAGCACUAACUGGAGCUGGAGUAGGACUUUACACCAGGGCUCCUCACACCGCUCUGUGAUGUGACAGAAUUUUUUUAUUAUUAUUAUUACUCCUAUUAUUAUUAUUAUUAUUAUUAUUAUUUCCGUCAGAAAAAGUUGAAUCUUAAUAGCAGAGAGUUUAUUUAUUCGUGGAAAUCCGUCCUGGAGCUGUUUUCAUUUCAGAGCCGCGCAGGCGCAGUUUCGACUUCACUCAUAUUUGCUUAAUUUCCUCGUAGAAAUGUCGCUUCAUGUCGCUUCGGAUCAAAUCCGCAAAGUUUCCCGGACACACUGAACUUCCCGUAACUUUUUUCAUGGAAUUUAAAUAAGAUUAAAAAAAACCAGCAAGCAGCCAGUCAGCGCCACGAUGGCAUUAUUAUACAGCCGCAGGAGUCGCCCCAAGUUGAUGCUCUUCUUCAUCUGCGCUUCUCUAAUCGGGUAUUUUAUAUUUUACAAAAGUUCUGAUGUGAACCAGAAAGGAGUUUCAUCCAACCCUGAAGAAGACCAAGAGUUCCUGCACAGACCUGUCUAUGAGAAACCGGCUUUAGACCCGGAUGCUCUGGGUGAGUUGGGGAAAGCAGUGAAACUGGAGCUGACUGGAGAAGAGAAGAGAAAAGAAGAAGAAAGUCUGAAGAAACACCAGAUCAACAUUUACGUCAGUGAUAAAAUCUCUCUCCAUCGCAGAUUACCUGAAAGAUGGAACCCAUUAUGCAAAACCCUGAAGUAUGACUACCGGCACUUGCCCUCCACAUCAGUAGUGAUUGCCUUCUACAAUGAGGCCUGGUCGACUUUACUGCGCACAGUGCACAGUGUGCUGGAAACCUCACCUGAUAUUCUACUGAGAGAGGUCAUCCUUGUGGAUGACUACAGUGACAGAGAGCAUUUGAAGCAGCCACUGGAGAGCUACAUAGCUGACCUGAGGAAAGUACGUCUGAUCCGAGCAAGGAAGAGAGAGGGGCUUGUCCGAGCUCGGCUGCUGGGCGCCUCCAUAGCCACAGGUGAUGUGCUGACUUUCCUGGACUGUCACUGUGAGUGUCAUGAGGGAUGGCUGGAGCCUCUUCUACACAGAAUAAAGGAGGAACCCAGUGCUGUCGUCUGUCCUGUAAUAGAUGUGAUUGACUGGAACACCUUCCAGUAUAUGGGCAACCCAGGAGAACCUCAGAUUGGUGGCUUUGAUUGGCGCCUGGUAUUCACAUGGCACGCUGUUCCUGAAAAUGAGCAGAAACGCAGACACUCUCCUACUGAUGUCAUCAGAUCUCCGACCAUGGCUGGGGGCCUGUUUGCAGUCAGCAAGAAGUACUUUCACUACCUGGGGACAUAUGACACAGGGAUGGAGGUGUGGGGAGGAGAGAACCUGGAGUUCUCAUUUAGAAUCUGGCAGUGUGGAGGGAGUUUAGAAAUUCAUCCCUGUUCCCAUGUGGGCCACGUCUUCCCUAAAAAGGCUCCCUAUUCGCGGAACAAAGCUCUGGCCAACAGCGUGCGGGCAGCAGAGGUCUGGAUGGACAACUACAAGGAGCUGUAUUACCACCGCAACCCUCACGCUCGCCUGGAGGCCUAUGGUGAUGUGACGGACAGGAAGAAGCUAAGGAUGCGUCUUGGCUGUAAGGACUUCAAAUGGUUCCUGGAAAAUGUCUAUCCAGACAUCCAUGUCCCCGAAGAUCGACCUGGCAUGUUUGGAAUGCUGAAGAAUCGAGGAAUGUCAAACUAUUGCUUUGACUACAAUCCACCUAGUGACCAUAACGUGGCAGGCAACAAGAUCAUUCUGUAUCCAUGCCAUGGCCUGGGCCAAAACCAGUUUUUCGAGUACUCUUCAGACAACGAGAUCCGUUACAACACAAGGGAGCCUGCAGGCUGUGCCGUGGCCGAUCCCAUCUCUACCUUCCUCAGCAUUAAUCUGUGCCCAAGACCCCACCAACCGGUCCCUGAAGACCACAAGUUUCUUUUCAGAGAGGAUGGGACUUUAUACCACAUCCAGACUCAGAAGUGUGUCGAGGCCUUGCAGAAUGUGGACAACGGCAAUCCUGGUCCUGGUCUCCGUUCAUGCACCGGUUCAGUCUACCAGCAGUGGUUCUUUCAGGAGAGGACAUACAAUUAAUAGGAAAGCCUUAGAGCACGUUCUGUACAGCUCCAGAGCUUGUAUCUGACCAUGGUGAUCUACAAGGUUCUCUGCUGUAUCUUCCUCUUCAUUUUGAUGUCAGGAAGUGAAGGUGCACUCCUUUAUUUAUAAUUCAGUGAAAAAAAAACAUUUACAACUGCUGCAGCUUUAUUGGAUUUGGAGCUGUGAUUUAUUCCAGUAUACUGAUCACUGUCUCAUUUUCAAGUGUUUUUUUUUUUUUUUUUUUAAAUCUUUCAUUCUGAAGUUCUUGAAUUGAGAUCGUAAUAAUUGAUUUGAUUUUUUUUUUUUUUAAUCUCAGCAAUAGAUCUUACUCUUCAUCAAGUCCGAUACUCCGUGUGGCUGGCUGAUAUACAUUCAACAUGUUUAAACUUUUUUUUUUUCUGAAGUAGUUUGGGGAAAUUCAAACUUUGACAGUAAUCAGCUGGUCUUUUGUGAUUUUGGUAACCUUGCACUGUCAGCUGCGUUGGUGGAGCAGUGGUUAGGAUUGCUAACUCACAGCUGCAGGGUCCCCGGCUCAAUCCUGAACUCGGUUUACUGUCUGUGUGGUGUUUCUUCAGUUCUGCCUGUGUCCGUGUGGGUUUCCUCUGGGUUUUCUAGUUUCCUCAGACAUUCCAAAAGCCUGGUGUUGGAUUGGCUAUAAUAAUGUCUUCCAAUGGAUUGGUGCCUCGUUCAGGAUGUGUUCCAGCCUCAUCCUCAGUGUUUCUGUGAUAGGCUCGCGAUUAGGAAUGCAGCCGAAUCGGAAUAAAGAUGCGAACAGGAGGCGGAUAGUGUUUUUUGAUUCACGGGACAUGAAGUUGAGACGAAAGAUGUGCCUUCGGACUGGGAUCCUGCAGAACAUGGAAAAACAAAGACCAUGUUAUGAAAUGGAUUUGUCCUGGUUAUUUAUGAUAUACUGGCAGUGCUGGUAUUUCUACCUCUGGGGGUUUUGUAGUGUUUCCAAGGACAUGGUUAUCAAGUUUAUACAGUAUGUUAUCAGACCAUGUCCAUUGUGGGUUCAAACCCAAAUUCAGAUCUGCAUAUUUGGAGCAGUAAACAGAUAUAGGCAGUGCCUUGUUUCUAGACCAUUUUUAAACGUCACAUUGUCGAUCAGUCAUAUUUUUUCGGCAGCUUGGUCACUGCAUAACGUUCUAUGACUGGUUAGAGGAUUGAAUGCAUGCAGUGGUGGAGGCAGUAGCACUGCUGUGAUACUCAUUACAAACCACUUGAUGGUGCCAACUCCUCCAUUUUAAUUCUGUGUUUUUCUUCUGUGUCCUCCAUGUUCUCUCAAACACAGCACACUUGAAGCUGGUUUAAACAUUUCACAUUGCAGUCAUUCAGAUCAAUGACUUUAACAGUACAGAAGCAUUUACUGUGAAUGUGCUGAUCUGUUGAUGAGAAUAGAACAUGGUUGAACUGAUCCUGUUGAAAGGAACAUUGUAAUCUAAGGGCUUUAUAUAGAUUUUAAUGGGUAAAUACAAAGUUUAACCUUGUAUUCUAAUCAGUGAUAGUUGGUGCGGAGUGUAUGGAUAUAAACCCGUUGAUGUUAAUGAAUGUUGAAUAAUGAAUGGUAAUGAAUAUGCAAUAACUGAAGAUGAUUGGUUCGUACAUGCUGCAGGCUCUGUUUUAACAUUAAAUGUUCAUUCACGGUGAA